CAGCUCUCCGCCCCGAGGCCUCACCAGCUAGGCAGGUCUGGGCUGCCUUCUGCAGCUUUUCUAAAGCCUGCCCGGAGGAAGUAGUACUUCAAAGCAAAACCUGAUGCGACUGCUCCAGACUGUUCCGAGCCGAUUCAUUCCCCAGCUGUACUGUAGACGGAAGCCUCCAGCAUCCCCACAAAGCAAGAUCCGCCUCACCAUGGCCCGUCCGAGUUCAAGUAUGGCAGAUUUUCGGAAGUGUUUUGCAAACGCAAAGCACAUAGCCAUCAUCUCCGGGGCUGGUGUCAGUGCGGAGAGUGGGGUUCCGACUUUCCGAGGAGCUGGAGGUUACUGGAGAAAGUGGCAGGCUCAGGACCUGGCGACUCCUCAGGCCUUUGCCCGCAACCCAUCCCAGGUGUGGGAGUUCUAUCACUACCGGAGGGAGGUCAUGCAGAGCAAGGAGCCGAACCCUGGGCACCUGGCCAUUGCCCAGUGUGAAGCCCGGCUGCGUGACCAGGGUCGGCGGGUUGUGGUCAUCACCCAAAACAUCGAUGAGCUGCAUCGCAAGGCUGGCAGCAAGAACCUGCUGGAAAUCCAUGGAACCUUAUUUAAAACCCGCUGCACCUCGUGUGGCGCUGUGGCAGAGAAUUACAGGAGUCCCAUUUGUCCAGCUUUAGCAGGAAAAGGGGCCCCAGAACCAGAAACUCAGGACGCCAGGAUCCCAGUCGACAAACUCCCUCGGUGUGAGGAGGCAGGGUGCGGAGGCUUGCUGCGACCUCAUGUGGUGUGGUUCGGAGAAAACCUGGAUCCUGCCAUCCUGGAGGAAGUGGACAGGGAGCUCGCCCUCUGUGACCUGUGUCUAGUGGUGGGAACGUCCUCUGUGGUCUACCCAGCUGCCAUGUUUGCCCCUCAGGUGGCUUCCAGGGGAGUCCCAGUGGCUGAGUUUAACAUGGAAACCACCCCAGCCACCAACCGAUUCAGGUUUCACUUUCAGGGACCCUGUGGGACAACUCUACCUGAAGCCCUUGCUCCCCACAAAACUGAAAGGAUUUCUUAACUGUCCUGUAGAAUGAGAAGAUCAUGUAGCACCAAACCAGGCCACCAACAGGAGACAUGGUUUUGUGGAUGGUGAGCUGAACUUCAAAAAAUCUAAAAGUACGCUCCGAGCCCCCAGCAGACAGUCUGUCUGUCAAGUGAUUGGUCUUCCAAAUACCAACAGCAAGUGUGUUUUCUCUGGGUCAAGUGUCAAGUUCUUCCAUUUUAUUAGAUUAG